CGGCACUUAGCCAGGCUCCGUAUAGCUUCCGAUGCUCCCCACCAACAUCCAUCCACUACUUACACUACGACCUUUACGACUCAUCCAUCCGUUUCCAUGGAACAGCUCAAGUCGAUACACUUGCCCAUUGAGCUCGUCCUCAACAUCAUCACUUGCUCUCUCCCGAAGCCAAAUGUACUACUAGCUCCAGCUCAUCCCAUCACCCAGCUACUAGUGACAUUUACCCUGGUCUGUCGGGAGACGAGGAAGCUCGCCACUCGGUAUCUCUACCAGCAUUGCAUCUACCUGUCGUCCCAGGAACGUUUGAGCUCUCUGCUGCUCACGAUCCCCUCUCGUCCAGCAUUACGCAACAUCUCUGCUCUAUACUUGGCUCCUUUUGGUCAUACCAUUGAUGACCAACCGGUUGCGAUAUGGGUCCGCGAGUUGUUCAACUACACGUGCCACACCCUGAAGCGUUUGAUCAUCGACAUGCCUCUUCGGAGUCUGUAUCCGGAGGAUGAUCAUCUAGGCGUGCGGGAUAUUCUACGCCAAGGCUUUCUGCGUUUGGAGAACCUCGAAGAAUUCGUUAGUGUGCGAGAUGAAAUUUUCCUCUCUCUAGAGCAUGAUGGUACCGAGCCGCAGUUUUGGCGAAACUUCCCAAAGUUGAAGCGUCUGGCUUUAUACAAUCCCGACAUUAACCCUGAAUUCUGGGAAGAUGUGGCAGCAGUCACCCAGCUGGAAUGUCUUGUCCUUACACGCGCCGAUGGUUUACACAGUCGUGAUGGUUCAAACUUCAAAACCGAAUACUUCCGCCACUGCGACCGGCCGCUGAAAGUGCUACUGGUCAAUACUGACUCGGAUCAAAUACGAUCUGGAAAUAUGCGGAGGGAGCGCUGGGAUGAUAUCGACCCUACGAAGAAGAUGCUCAUUAUGACAUACAACAUACCACUCCUCUUCGAAGACGAUAACCCAAUCGAGGUCUGUCAAGUCUAUGUCAAGACCGGGGCUGAAUAUGGCACAAUAUGGAAUUGGGAUGGGGAGGUCAUCCAGCACCGCCCGAAGUUCAUACAACAAAGGUCAUCGGGGGCUUAG